AUGCAGAGCGUGUGCGUGUCUGUGUGGUGCGUGUGUGUGUGUGUGUCUGUGCUCCUCCGCAGUGCUAUUUCACAGCCGCCCACAGAAAGUGACACUUACACGGAAUGCACAGAUGGGUAUCAUUGGGACCCUCAGACAGAACACUGCAAAGAUAUUAAUGAGUGUGAGAGUAUCCCUGAUGCCUGCAAAGGAGAGAUGAAAUGCUUUAACCACUAUGGAGGAUACCUGUGUCUGCCCCGCUCAGCAUCUGUCAUCCCUGCCCCAGAGGCUGCUGUCACGCCCACAGAGCCUUUCAACCCCUGCCCCCUAGGCUAUGAGCCACAAGGCGACAGCUGCAUCGAUGUGGAUGAAUGUGAGAGGGAUGAGGACGACUGCCAGCCCAGCCAGCAGUGCAUCAACACACUUGGAGCCUUCACCUGCCAGUGUCCCGAAGGUUACCGCAAAGUUGGCACAGAAUGCAUUGACAUCGAUGAGUGCAGGUAUAGGUACUGCCAGCACCGCUGUGUCAAUGUCCCUGGGUCCUUCUCCUGCCAGUGUGAACCGGGCUUCCAGCUGGCAGGUAACAACCGCUCCUGCAUUGAUGUGAAUGAGUGUGACAUGGGCGCUCCUUGCUCCCAGAGGUGUUACAACACAUACGGCACCUUCCACUGUCGCUGUGAUCAGGGCUAUGAAGUGGGACCUGAUGGUUUUGCUUGCAAUGAUAUUGACGAGUGCAGUUUUUCAAGUUACCUGUGCCAGUACCAGUGUGUCAAUGAACCUGGGAAGUUUUCCUGUGUAUGCCCGGAAGGAUACCAGCUGCUAGGUACUCGGCUAUGUCAAGACAUCAAUGAAUGUGAGACGGGUGAGCACCAAUGUACCGAGUCACAAACCUGUGUGAAUAUUCACGGACGCUACCAGUGCGUCGAUGCAAACCGCUGUCAGGACCCGUAUGUCCAAGUGUCUGAGAACCGUUGCGUGUGCCCCAUUACCAAACCUGCAUGUCGAGAGCUGCCGUUCUCCAUCGUCCACCGCUACAUGACCAUCACCUCAGACCGUGCUGUCCCCUCUGACAUCUUCCAAAUCCAGGCCACCAGUGUGUCGCGAGGAGCAUACAACACCUUCCGAAUCCGCUCCGGAGAUGACAACAGCGAUUUCUACAUUAGACAAAUCAAUAACAUCAGCGCCAUGCUUGUAUUGGCACGAGCCGUGUCUGGACCGAGGGAGUACACACUGGAUUUGGAGAUGGUGUCGGUAAACCCACUCCUCAGCUACCAGGGCAACUACCAGAGCAGCUCCGCCUUGAGACUGUCCAUCUACGUCGGCCCAUACACCUUUUAA